AUGACACUGAGCAGCAACAGCGCAAUGGUGCUCAUGUCCGCUGUCAUUGACCACACCAUUCCCCACCUUCCUGUUGUCAACACCCCCUCCAUGGCUCCAGCACCAGCUUCUUCUCAGUCCGCCACUGCUAUUGACACUGCCCUUGUUGCUUCCCCGCCUCUACAGCCAUCAAUGCCUCUUACCCCUCGGCUGGUGCAACCCACCCCACCACCUCUACAUCUGCCACUUCUGGGGCUGCACUGGCCGCUGUGGUUGCCCCCAAAAAUCCGGAUUGGCAUAUUUUCCGAUUGGCAAUCCACCUCCCCCCAUAUCAUUGGGGAGGCCAUUGAGGCUGGAGCAGUGGAAAUUUUGCCUUGA